GCUAGUUUGUCCUGACCAGCAUCACAUUUUUUUCCAGAAUGUGCUUUCGUGUACAAGGGUGAAGCAAAUAGAUCUUUUUUACUCUUUCUAUCUUCCAUUUCGCCAUAUUCAGGUACAGGGGAAUGCGAGGCACCGACACGCUGAAAUCCCGGUUGGCGAACUGGUGCCUGGUGGGUCAUACAGAGGAACACACUGAAAUCGAGAAAACAAACUGAAAGAAAGCAGGAUCUUGGCAAGGACAGGCUAGAGUGCAUCAGGCUGCUUCAACUGGGCACUGCUGCUGCACGGCGGGGGCGGGAAAGAGAUGCUCGUGUCAUCGUGUAGUAUGGCUCUUCUGGUGUGCUGAGCGAGGGACGUACAAAGCUUGAUUCCCAAUUCGGCAAUUCCAAACAAAGGCCACUCGCCGCACCAUACAAGCCAAGGGCGAAACUAUGCUGAACUUCACGUCACAAGCUCUACCUUUCUUGUUUCUUCGGCCAACGCGAUUGGGGUUGGCUUGUCUACCGUCGACGGUUUCGCGGAAUUCGUGACCCCAGCUCGUGGCCGGUGAAUAGUCCUGACCCCGGAAAACGGCAGGGAAAGGAUGAGAAAAGGCUUUGAAGGUUUCACGCGGACUCUGAUGGCGGCGACCACGGCCGUGGCCGUGCGCCGGCUCUGCGCCGCCGCCGAGCUGCGGUCGGCCCUGGCGGUGCUCGCCCGCGGGGCGAAGUUAGGCGACGCGGCGUUGGACGUGGCCGCGUGCACCGCGCUCGUCCACGGCUGCUGCAGGAGCGGCGACGUGGUGGAGGCCCGGAGGGUGUUCGACGUAAUGCCGCGCCUGGGCGUGACCCCUAACGAGGUCACGUACACCGCGCUGAUCCACGGCUACUUCGUUCACGGGCACAGAGAAUUGGGUUUCGCCUUGUUUGAGGAGAUGAGGAGAGGCGGAGUCGAACCCAACCUCUACACCUACAACUGCUUGAUCGGGGAGUGGUGCAGGACCGGGGAGUUCGAGCGCGCCCGUCUCCUGUUCGAUGAAAUGCCUGUGAAGGACGUCGUGCGCAAUGUUGUCAGCUACAACACCCUCAUUGCUGGGUUAUGCAGGCACGGCAAGCUGAAGGAUGCCGUCCAGCUACUGGAAGCGAUGAGAAGGGAGGGUAUCCGUCCAAGCAUGGUGACGUUCAACCUUCUUGUCGAUGGCUAUGGAAAAGCUGGGAAGAUGUCCAAUGCUUUGCAUUUCUUCAACCAGAUGAAGGCAGCAGGGUUCCUACCUAGUGCAGUGACAUACAAUGCGCUCAUUGCUGGUUUCUGUCGUGUUAGAGAUAUGGCCCGGGCGAUCAGAGCUUUCUCGGACAUGAAGGAGCGUGGUUUAGCGCCUACAAAAGUGACGUACACCAUACUCAUUGAUGCAUUUGCCAAGGAAAAUGAAAUGACGAGUGCAUUCGAGAUGCUUUCAGAGAUGGAGAGGACUGGUUUGGAGGUGGAUGUGCAGAGUUAUGGUGUUAUCUUGCAUGCACUCUGCAUGGAAGGGAAGAUGAUGGAAGCCAGGAAGCUGUUCCAGUCAAUGGACUUGAAAGGUGUCAAGCCAAAUAAUGUGAUAUAUGACAUGAUGAUCUAUGGCUAUGGGCGUGAAGGAAGCUCAUAUAAAGCCCUGAGGCUGAUCAUGGAAAUGAGGAGGAUUGGCUUGGUUCCAAAUGUUGCUAGCUAUUGCCUGACGAUCCGUCUUCUCUGCAAUGAAGGAAAGUGCCAGGAGGCGGAGGCUUUGAUUGAUGACAUGGCGAGCGCUGGUCUGCAAACAAGUGAAUCCAUCCACAGAGCAUUAUUGGAUGCUAAGGCAAGAUUGGGCGAUUCUACAGAUGUCCCUUUUACUUAAAGUAGUCAGGCACGCAGUUUCUGUUAUCUGCCAGGUCAUAUGUUACUAUAGUUAUCAUGCAGUGGGAAAGGUGAUACCCAAAAGAGCACCCCCUACAUGGGAAGGUGUACUGAAAUCUUUCUUCUAGCAACAUUUUGGUCCUUUAUUGAACAGCUCCUUCACGACGGGGGAGAGUGGUUGGCUCUAUUUGUACAGCCGUGAAAGAUGAAGAUCCACGUGCUGAGACAUUUCCCUGCAAGACAAAGAGGUCAAGCAUGGUCCACGGAUAUGCUGGAUGAGUUCCUGCUAUAGUCAAUGGCUGCCAACCAUCUUUCAGUUUUUGUUAACUGCAUGUCAUUCCCUCGGGACAACAGAAAACGCAACUAUUUCCUGUACAUACAGUAUUUUCACCUUAAUGGAACUCCUACUAUCCAUGUGAUUAACUAGAAUAUAUAGCCUUUCA